CCGAGAACCAAAACAUUAACUCGAAUAAAUAUGUGUAUUAGUAGCGGGUUAAUAAUAAAAAUCGCAACAAAAAGCUUCCGCAUCAGAUCCCUUGGCUCCAGAAGCAUAGCCGCCGCCCUACCAGCAGCAGAGCCACCGCCCUACCAGCAGCAGAGCCACCGCCCUUCCAGAAGCAGAGUCGCCGCCCUCCCAGCAAGCCGCCGAUGCCCCAAAUCUAGUCUCCGUUGCACCUGCCUCCUCCGCGUCGCACCCCUCUGCCUCGCAACUUCAAAACUGCCUCCUCAUCCGCGUCGCACCCCUCCGCCUGGCACCUUCAACUGCCUCCUCCUCCGCCUCCCCCUGCUCAUAGCCGCCACCUCUUGACUUUUGGAAGGUUUUACCCUCUGCAAAACAGACGACUUUAACUUCCAAGCGCAGGGUCUAGUUGAUUUACAAUGGCUAAGAAGCGAGCUAGGCUGACGAACCCGGAGCCAUUUCUUAAUGGAGCAGAUUCAAAUUCAAUAGCCUCUACCAGCAAACGCUCAAAAGCUCCCAAAUCUCAUCAGGAACAACAAAAGGUUAUAUCUUCUGGUAUGAGCUCCAAGAUACUUAAGGAGGCUUUGAUUCAGCAAAAGGAAAUUGAAGAGGAAGAGGCUCGGGAAGGAAACCAUAAUGGUUUAGUUAUAACAGAAGAACCUGUAGAUGAGAUUGAGAACAAUGGUGAUGAUGAUUUAGACAAUUUUUUAGGGUUUUCUGAAACCCAGAGUCAGUAUGUUGACAUUGAGGACAAGGUCGAUGAAGAAGAGGAGAGGUUACUGGAGGCCUUUUUAUCAACAAAUGAGCGUCCCCAGAGGACUCUGGCUGACGUUGUUAUUCAGAAGCUAAAAGAAAAGGAUGCCCAAGCUUCUAUGGAAUUGCAACUGAUGCCCAAGUUGGAUAACUCCAUUAUUGAGUUGUACAAAGGGGUUGGCAAACUUCUUAGCAAAUACACAUUGGGGAAAAUUCCAAAAGCUUUCAAACACGUACCUUCAUUGAAGUACUGGGAAGAUGUCUUAUAUUUGACUGAACCAGAUAAGUGGUCACCAAAUGCUAUGUACCAAGCCACACGAAUGUUCGCUUCAAAUAUGGGAACCAAAAAGGCAGAACGUUUUUACAAGCUUGUCCUGCUUCCUCGCGUUAGGGAUGAUAUUAGAAAAAACAAGAGAUUGCAUUUUGCUCUGCAUCAGUCAUUGAAGAAAGCUCUUUUUAAACCGGCUGCCUUCAAUAAGGGAAUCCUGUUUCCGUUGUGUGAGUCACGAACUUGCACUAUAAGGGAGGCUGUGAUUGUUGGGAGUGUUAUUCAGAAGACAUCUUUUCCUCCCCUCCAUGCUAGUGUUGCACUACUGAAGCUUGCUCAAAUGGAAUACUAUGGCACAACAAGCUACUUGAUACAGGUAUUGAUCGAGAAGAAAUAUGCUUUGCCAUAUCGAGUACUCGACGCCAUGGUUGCCCAUUUCAUGAAAUUCUACACAGAGUCGAGGGUUAUGCCUGUAAUAUGGCACCUAUCACUUCUUUGCUUUGUGCGAAGAUACAAAGCUGAUUUACGGAAGGAGGAUAAAGCUAACAUAAUCAAUUUGGUGGAAAGACAAAGGCAUCAUAUGAUUACUACAGAUAUACUGCAGGAGUUGAAUCACAGUCGAAGUCGCGGGGAAAAGGAGGAUGAUCCUAUGCCAAUAACUAGUCCUGUUUCUGUUAUCACUAAAACGAUUAAAGAAGAUAUGUUUGAUAUCCCAGAAGUUCCUAUGGAAGAGGAUUAGAGUACAUUGUAGCGGCUUUGUGCUCUUUUCCGAUCAUGAUGGGUUGGCAUUUGAGUGGUUGAUCAGAAUGAAGUGUUGCUGCAUUUGAUAAUUUGACUGUUGUAUUUGCAGUGCAGUGUAUGAGCAAUUUUUUUCUCUACAAGAUCUGUGAUAGGUGAAUACUCCAUGAGUUUUGAUGUUUUUUUAAAGAAAAGUUUUGAUGUGUUUUAACAUUAGUAAAAUGUUAUUCCAGGCACUUGCCUCAAAACAGUCGAUGUGCCAAACUGCAAAUGUUUUCCUUUGACCGUGUGCACUUUAAAAAUAGUGGUUGCUGGAGUUGUUUUAGGAAUGUAUGGGCUUUGAC